GGGGAGGUUCCUUUGAUGAAGUGGCAACGUCACAUGAUACAAUGUAGCGGUGAGGCGAGAUCACACUGCGGAGUGCAGACAGGCUGGAAACAAAUGAAACAAGCGAGCGUCAACACCAACGGCUGUCUCUUUCCCACCAAAUUAAUUGUCAUCAAACGUCGUAGAAAGCUCGUAGAGGAAGGCCCAGGCGGGGCCGUGGAGUGGCUCAGUACAAGGGUGUGUGUUAUCACCACCACCCGUGCCUCUCCUCCCCCCUGGAGAAGGCCAGCAGGAUCAGGAUGUCGGAGGCUAGAGAGCGUAGCCCCCGCCACCAGAGACCCUGGUCAGUGUACCGGGCCAACACCUUUGACCUCUCCUCUGAGAUGAUCGGCCUGGCACUCGCAGGGAACAGCCAGGAUCCAGAUGAGCCUGUUCUAGAGUUCAGUGUGGCCUGUAAUGAGUUGGUGACCCCAGCUCUGGAGCGGAAACCCAACAGCUUUGUGGCAGUGAGCUGCACCACCCCUCCCCAGGCCUUCUGGACCAAACACGCCCAGACUGAGAUCAUCGAGGGCACCAAUAACCCUAUAUUCCUGAGCAGCAUAGCCUUCUUCCAGGACUCUCUGAUCAACCAGCAGACGCAGGUCAAGCUGUCUGUGUACGAUGUCAAGGACCGCUCUCAGGGCACGAUGUAUUUAUUAGGCUCAGCUCUGUUUCCUGUGAAGGAGUUGCUGCAAGAGAAGAACCACAGGUUACACCUGACCCUGAGAUCUGCAGAGAACAAGCACGUGGGGAACAUCACCAUCAUUGCCUGGCAGAUAGAGGAGAAGAGGGAUCAGAGGACUCUGCCUGUUGCCAGGUUACCAGACGCCAUCAACGGCAGGACCGUGCUUCCAGUGGAUGAGAGCCUGACAGAAUCCAUGGGUGUCAGAGCCAAAUAUGCAUCUUUAUGCAAAGACACCCUGCUGACAUCAGUGUUUGGAGGCACCAUGUCCAGAAUGUACCGUUUCCCCACCACGGACGGUCACCACCUGCGGGUGCUAGAACAGAUGGCUGAAAGUGUGUUGUCUCUCAACAUCCCCAGACAGUAUGUCAAACUACUGCUGGAGGAGGACGCUGUCAGGGUUUGUGAGCUGGAGGAGCUGGGGGAGUUGUCACCAUGCUGGGAGAACCUACGACGACAGAUAGUCACUCAGUACCAGAACAUCAUUCUCGCGUACCAGGAGACUCUCUCUGACCUCACCAACUACAAGGGUCCGUCGUUCAAGGCCAGUAACCUGAAGGCAGAGAGGAAGCUGGAGUUCAUACCCACCAACCUUCAUGUCCAGAGGAUGAGGGUGCAGGAUGAGUCUGGCUUUGACCACACGUAUGACGUGGUGACUAUCGGGGCUCCCGCCGCCCACUACCAGGGCUUCAAGAACAGCGGCCUGCGCAAGCAAAUCACCAAGUUCGAGGAGGCCAAGAAACACGUUUAUGAGGAAGAAUGCAGUGCCCUGUCCAGCUGUCAGUCUAUAGUGUACAUCCCCCAGGACAUUGUCCGGGCCAAGGAGAUCAUCUCCCACAUCAACACCCUGAAGACCCAGGUCAGCUACUAUGCUGAGAGGCUGUCCCGCGCUGCCAAGGACCGCUCUGCCAACGGUCUGGAGAGGACCCUUGCCAUCCUGGCUGAUAAGACUCGCCAGCUGGUGACUGAGUGUGACUGCAAACUGCUGGCCUCGGCCAUCCAGGCGCUGAACGCGGCACGUCCUGAGUACAUCGCCUCCAAGGCGUCACCCUCUGCCGACGCCACCGAUCAAGUAGUCCUGCGCAACGACCAGGACACGCUGCUGGCCAAGUGGAGCGGAUGCAACAGCCGGUCCUCGCUGCACGUCGACUGGCACGAGGAGGAGUGGGAGAAGGUAUGGGUAAAUGUAGACAAGAGUCUGGAGUGUAUCAUCAAGCGGGUGGACAAACUCCUUCAGAAGGACCGUCUGCCUGGCAACAGCAGCCAGGGGGACACUACCCCAGGCCACCAGCAGGGCGGCAGCAGUAAGAAAGAUGGCAGCCCCAGUGGCGAGGAGGCUUUCCCAGGGGAGUGGAGCGAGGCCCUGUACCCUCUCCUCACCACGCUGACAGAGUGUGUGGCUAUGAUGAGCGACAAGGCUAAGAGCUCCAUGGUGUUCCUGUUGAUGCAGGACAGUGCUCCUACCAUCGCCAUGGACCUCUCCCUGCAGUACAGACGAGACGUGGUCUUCUGCCAGACGCUCACUGCCCUCAUCUGUGGCUUCAUCAUCAAGCUGAGGAACUGUCUCCGUGACGAUGGCUUCCUCAGGCAGCUCUACACCAUCGGCCUGCUGGCCCAGUUUGAGUCUCUGCUCAGCACCUACGGCGAGGAGCUGUCCAUGUUGGAGGACAUGUCGGUUGGCAUCAUGGACCUACGAAACGUUACCUUCAAGGUGACCCAGGCAACGUCCAGCUCCUCCCCCGACAUGCUGCCAGUCAUCACUGGCAACCGGGACGGCUUCAACGUCCGCAUCCCGUUGCCGGAGACCAUGUUUGACGCGUUGCCGCGGGAGAUCCAGAACGGCAUGCUGCUGCGCGUCCAGCCGGUGCUCUUCAACGUGGGAAUCAACGAACAGCAGACCCUGGCAGAGAAGUUUGGAGACACGUCUCUGCAGGAGAUCAUUAACCUAGAGAGUCUGGCCAGACUUAACUCCUACUAUCAACAGUUCAAGGAGGUUUUACCUGAGGACUGCCUGCCCAGGUCCCGUUCCCAGACGUGUCUACCAGAGCUGCUGAGGUUCCUGGGACAGAACGUCCAUGCCAGGAAGAACAAGAACGUAGACAUCCUGUGGCAGGCAGCAGAGAUCUGUCGUCGUCUGAACGGUGUGCGUUUCACCAGCUGUAAGAGUGCUAAGGACCGCACGGCCAUGUCCGUCACCCUGGAGCAGUGUCUGAUCCUACAGCACGAACAUGGCAUGGCCCCACAGGUCUUCUCCCAGGCCCUCGACUGCAUGCGCAGCAUUGGGACCAGGGAGGGGGUCACCCAGAAGAACCUGAGUGGCCUGUUGCCUGUGCGGGAUUUCAGGCUGGACCCCAGCCUGCUGUACUCCCUGCCCCUGCUGGCCCUCAGCCCCAACCUGCUGGUCGUCUGGCUGUUCCUCAGCGUCGCCUACUUCCUGGCCAAGCUCCGCUGCAGCUGAAGGCACAGCCCCUCUGCCACCCAGCCCCACCUACUCUCGACCUCUACUCACCUCUUCUCUCUGCCCGUUCCCCCCAGUGUGUCAGUCAGUCAGUCGGUCAGGAAGAAAGGCAAAAAGUUAGUUCGUCAGUCAAGGAGGAAGAUAAGGAGUCAGUCUGUCCGGAGCUCAGCCUUGAGAACCCUCUGAUUGGCCGAGGGCAGACCGUGUGUACCGGACUGGACUUUAUGUGCGUCACUCGGCUAAACUGCCAGCUGUUCCACCUAAUGGGCAGCCAGCACUCCUCCCGCCCUGCUCUCUGUCCUAACCAAUCCAGUCAGCGCAGGAGGCUGGUCUAAAGGUCUAUGUGCAGUACAGUAUGAGACUGUUACUGUCAAUGUCCUGACAUAUUUCUCAGUUUAACACCCAUUGUUUUACAACAAUCAAAUACAAACUGAGAGUAUGGAGAGAAACUUUGAAAUAUAGCCGGUAAGAAGUUUUAGCUGAAUUUAAUGGAAGUUUUUUUGUCCUAGUUGUCCUUGAGUAUUUAUAAUGCCGCUUCCCAACUCAUGACAUGAUUAUAACCAUGCUAUUAUUAUAUGAUGCCAUGGAUCCUUUGGUUCUGCACAGAGCUUAUUUUCAGUCAUGCAAAUGUUCUGGCUUGCUUGACGUUUACGUCUUCCAUAAGGUUUGCAUACAGCAUAAGCCAAGGGAUGGCUUGGCCAUGCAAUAUCAAGCUGAUGUUGUUUUGAUCUGGUGGCCAUUUUGUUGUUGUUCCUCAGGCCUUCCUACUCUUAUUACAGCAGGAGAGACUUGUGUCCGCUUUCACUUUAAACCAAUGCACUUUUCUAUCAACGUUGUCAUCUUAAUGAAGGUUAUUCGCUUGUCUUGCCAAUUGACACAGUUUCAUCUUGGUCGGAGCAAUUUGAAUUGGCUAAAUCUGGGAAUUUAUUAUAUUUCAGGGGAGCUUUGUUGUCUUGUUGGAUUAUGCAGUGUAGUUUUCCCAAAGUGUUUAUUUUUUAGUUGAUAUAAGAUUUCAUGCCUGUACCAAGUUUCCUAUUUACUAUAGAGUUUGUAUAUAUGAAUUAGUUCUUUGUUUGAGAACCUAUAAGGGUUGCAGUUCUAUGGAAAUAACAGAGAAGAUGAAGAGAAUGUACAUGGGCAAACCUCAAAUGGCUCCCUACCACCAAAUGAUGCACUACCUCUGACCAGUAGUGCACUAAAUAUAGGGGAUGAUUUGAGACACAGCCCAUGCUUGUUGUGCCAAAUGUUUUAGCCAGGUCUCAGAUGGUAGAUGCAGGUCUUGGAUCUUUAUUCCAGGUCAAAGUAUUACUUCCAGAUCUCCCAGCAGCCCAAAUCCACCCCGCUUCCACAGAGAAGUGCCCUAGAAAGGGUGAUUUGAUAUCAGACACUUUGGGUUACUUCCAAGCCUUGCACUCUGGACUUCCUGGUGUCUGCCGAGAGAGUCCACACACCAUUAUCAUAUACAGUAGUUGCUAUCUAGUCCCAUAAAAACAUGAUUUUUAUCUAAUGGUAUAUGUACUCAUUAAUAUGUAGACUAGUGGUAUUAUCGUUUUCCAGCCCCAUAGCCUCUCUCCAUUUGAAUCAGUAUAAUACCUGUCUUCAGUGUUACGUCCCAAGACGGCCACACUCAAUCCAAUUUAAAGUGACCUACUAAAGAAAUGGACCAUCCGUCCCAAAAUAGCCUCCUCUGUGAGAUUGUCACGCUUGUAUUAUAUCCCCUCCACCCCUCAUUUCCAACUCCUCGACCCCCACAAUGGAAAACUGGAGGGAUUAUUUUGUCCUUGUUGGUUGAGCUUUAUGCAAGCUUUUUAUAGGCCUCUCACCUGUGUGACUGGUAUGAGAGCUAGGCUGGGUUUAAUGGUGUAUUUAGGUUAGUUCAUUGGUUUGGUUUUGAAUAUUCAGAGGUUUAUUAUUUUUACUGAUUUUGUGCAAUGUUACUGUUUUACAUUUCCGACAAAUACGUACAUGCAGUAUUCUCAGUAUUCUACAGUAUUUACUUUUUCAAUCUUGUAAAUCCAUAUUGUAAAUAAUAGAAAUGUAUAAAAUCAGAUCAUCUAUUGAUAAGUAUGCUGGUGUAGAACUACCUCUAUUGUCCCAUGAAAACACCAUCUGACUGUCAGCCAGGGGAGAGAGCCGAGGGACAGCCAGGGGAGAGAGCCGAGGGACAGCCAGGGGAGAGAGCCGAGGGACAGCCAGGGGAGAGAGCCGAGGGACAGCCAGGGGAGAGAGCCGAGGGACAGCCAGGGGAGAGAGCCGAGGGACAGCCAGGGGAGAGAGCCGAGGGACAGCCAGGGGAAAAUGUGCUCCAUGAGAGCAGCACCCAAGUUCUGUCCCAAAUGGCACACUAUUCCCUAUGUAGUGCCCUAUAGGUCCUGGUCAAAGUAGUGUACUAUAUAGGGAAUAGGGCUCUGUUUAAGACGCAACCCCAGUAUGUACAAUGUUAGGAUGGCGUUUGCCUCAACCAAAUGUGAAAUAGCUUGCCCUGCUGGUUGGUAAUGAUACUACAGACGCUUGUCACCCAGUAAGUCUUAUGAAAAGAUUUGGAUUGCUCCGUUCUGGGGAUACAUGCAAUUAGGAGCCCAUUCUAAAGUUGUAGAGAAUUGCAGAAUGUGCUGGUGGCAGUUGGUUCUGCUGGUGUAUUUAAUUCCGAUGAAGAAACCCACUGCGUUAAAAAAUGUUGUAACCAUAGUGAUGCUAAAUCCAGGAAUAUUCCAACUAAAACCAAGUUCUUGACUCAAUUCUCAAGUUUUAUUUUUCUGUUUCUCUUGAAUUCCUUAGUGCUUUUGACUAUAGAGAAUAUAUUUAUAUUGCGUUGCAUUAUAUUUUCAUGCUUGUAUGUCUAAAUGCUCAUGUUUGCUAAAUAUAUGUAGUCUUAUGGAAAGUUUGAUGUGAUUACAUCAUCAUCAUGCAGGUGUCACUUUAUAAUGAGAGGGAGAAAUUCUAGUUGCUGUUCCAGAUAUCUUUGUAUUGAACCUUGUCUGGUACAUUGCCAAGUUCCAACCCAAUAUCAGGGUUGCUUGGAUAACCAUUUAUGAGUAUGCUCUGAAAUACUAUCCUUUCUCCCUUUCUCUCUGAAGUGGUAUGCGUUUCUCUCUGCUUCUCUCUGAAAUAGUUUGUAUUUCUCCCUUUCUCUCUGAAAUGGUAUGCGUUUCUCCCUUUCUCUCUGCUUCUCUCUGAAAUAGUUUGCCUUUCUCCCUUUCUCUCUGAAAUGGUAUGCGUUUCUCCUUUUCUCUCUGAAAUAGUUUGUAUUUCUCCCUUUCUCUGAAAUGGUAUGCGUUUCUCUCUGAAAUGGUAUGCGUUUCUCCUUUUCUCUCUGAAAUAGUAUUGGUUUCUCCUUUUCUCUCUGAAAUGGUAUGCGUUUCUCUCUGAAAUGGUAUGCGUUUCUCCUUUUCUCUCUGAAAUGGUAUGCUUUUCUCUCUGAAAUAGUAUUGGUUUCUCCUUUUCUCUCUGAAAUAGUAUUGGUUUCUCCUUUUCUCUCUGAAAUGGUAUGCGUUUCUCCUUUUCUCUCUGAAAUAGUAUUGGUUUCUCCUUUUCUCUCUGAAAUGGUAUGCGUUUCUCCUUUUCUCUCUGAAAUGGUAUGCGUUUCUCCUUUUCUCUCUGAAAUGGUAUGCGUUUCUCCUUUUCUCUCUGAAAUGGUAUGCGUUUCUCCUUUUCUCUCUGAAAUGGUAUGCGUUUCUCCUUUUCUCUCUGAAAUGGUAUGCGUUUCUCCUUUUCUCUCUGAAAUGGUAUGCGUUUCUCUCUGAAAUGGUAUGCGUUUCUCUCUGAAAUGGUAUGCGUUUCUCUCUGAAAUGGUAUGCGUUUCUCUCUGAAAUGGUAUGCGUUUCUCUCUGAAAUGGUAUGCGUUUCUCUCUGAAAUGGUAUGCGUUUCUCUCUGAAAUGGUAUGCGUUUCUCUCUGAAAUGGUAUGCUUUUCUCUCUGAAAUGGUAUGCUUUUCUCUCUGAAAUGGUAUGCUUUUCUCUCUGAAAUGGUAUGCUUUUCUCUCUGAAAUGGUAUGCGUUUCUCCUUUUCUCUCUGCUUCUCUCUGAAAUAGUAGACUUUUCUCCCCUUCUCUCUGAAAUAGUAGACUUUUCUCCCCUUCUCUCUGCUUCUCUCUGAAAUAGUAGACUUUUCUCCCCUUCUCUCUGAAAUAGUAGACUUUUCUCCCCUUCUCUCUGCUUCUCUCUGAAAUAGUAGACUUUUCUCCCCUUCUCUCUGCUUCUCUGUGGAAUAGUAGACUUUUCUCCCCUUCUCUCUAAUGCUUCUCUCUGGAAAGUGCAAUAGUAGUCAAUUAGUCAGCAGCCCAAAGAAUCAGCUUUAAUGUUAUAUAAUAAACGUCAUGCAAUAAACGUCAUGCCAAAUGUACCAGAGGAGAAGGUGUAUACUUCACUAUAGAGUAUUUGAAUAGUUUUGUUUGUUUUCCCUGGAAUGGAACUGUUGCAUUGAAAUUAGAAUGUAGAACAUUUAAGUCUGUGCGUUUUGCUAUUGCUCUUGUUUCACUUUCUGUGGUGCUCGUAACUCUAUCUAGAAAGCAGGUCUUCUGUACACAGUAUUAGUGUUCUGUACCGCUCCCUCCAACAACAUCCCCAUAUUCCCUGGGACAAUCCGUCCGUUCGCUUUAGCUUUGCCCACAUGUUACUUUGACAGUGGCGUCAAUGUGUUGGUUGGUUUUUGGGUUUCGCAUUGUCUUUUAACACGAGCCCUGUUUUGUUUUCUUCACUUUGCUGUCAUCCUCUCUAUCUGUGCUUGCCCUCCCUCCCUCUCCCCUCCCUCUCCCCCUCCAUCUAUCCCCUCCCC